AUGUCUACGGAAGCAGACAAUAGUGGUCGAUCGGCCGGUGCUAGUGGUCGACUGCUUAAUCGUGUAACAAAUACCUUGAUUCACAGUGAUUCAAUUAUUGCAUCUAACAGAACGGACGCUUCUGUUACUAAUAAUAACGGACAAUCUUCAACAUGGGUUGAUAUAUUAACUCAGCUUGAUUUUGUAUGUUCUGGUAGUCUACUUCGUAUAUGUUACAAUGUUAUUGAUAUUAUUCUUCUUUCUAUUGGUCUUUACUAUGGUACAAAAACGUGUAGUGUCUCGAAUCGUUUUGUAGUACUAUCAAUUUGCAUACUAAUUUUUGGUACUAUCACACUUUGCUCUACUCUUCUUUGUUUUGUUCGAAACUGCUCAUUGUACCGUAUGACUCAAUUGGAAGCAACAAAUUCGGAUCGAUAUCGUCAAGGAUCUUCUCUACGCAGUAUUUUUCAUUUUCUCAAACUUAUUACCGCUAUCAUCGGUAUCUUUCACGUAUUUGCAUCGAAAAAGCCAACAAAUAAUGAUUGUCAACUUAUUCGUUUCUAUCUUGGUAUUGUAUGUUUCAAUACAUGUCUUUUAACUUUUAUGUCACCACCAAAACCUUCACUACCGAUACGACGAUCAUUAAUAAUGGAAUGUCUUAUAGUUAUUGUACAGAUUAUUGUUGAUCUAAUUUACUUGGGUGUUGUAGCAUUUGCUACUAUUAAAACUAAAAAAAUAGAAUGCGAAUACACUAGUAUUGAAGAUCUAUAUUUCGGUGCACCACUCAAAUUAUAUGCCUAUAUUGGACUUAUUUUAGCUGGUUGUACUAUUGGUAUUAAUCUACUUGGUGCCAUUAUCAAUCAACUUUUUUAUCGUUUAACAAAUUUACGAAGACUUUUCAUAUAUUUAUCAGCAAUUCAUUAUAUGAUAUCUUAUUCUAUAACUGUCGUUAUAAUUUACUAUUAUGCAAUUGGUGCCGUUCUUCUAUUUCAACCUCGUGUAGGUGGAUUGUGUGCUGUAGUAGCUCCCGAUCUUUAUAGAACUCUUUGGAUAUGGCAAUUAAUUCGCAUUUUUUUUCCAUUCAUUAUUUGGCCUCUUACAUUUCUUGUUUGUUGUCUUGGAUUUACAAUUGGUGGUUGUCUUGCACUUUGUCUUCCAGCAUCGAUUACUGUUCCACUUCUGACAAUGCUUAAUGAAAGAAUAACAACUAUAUCUCCUACAUCCAGUGAAAAUCCUCCUUCAUCACCAGGUACUAUUGAUGCCUUACCAAUGGUAGCUUUUGAUCAAGCAUCUGAUCAAUUCAAUCAAACUGAAUGUACUAUUUGUCAAGUGGAUUAUCAGGCUAAUGAAAAAGUAAAAAAACUACCAUGUGGUCAUAUCUUUCAUGAUAGUUGUGUAGCUCAAUGGCUGUCAAUAACAGGUAUAUGUCCUGUUUGUCGUCAUCACAUUCCAUCGGCGCAUGUGUAA